AGAUUUUAUCCCGCAGAUGAAGGUCGUGCCGGUGGUCGUGGCGUGUCUGGUGGGCGUGGUGGUCGUCGGAGUCGCGGCCGGGGAUGCGACCGCGGACGACCUCUCGCCCCCGAAGGACCUGUCGCCCUCGGAGGAGCACGAGUCCCUCGACGAGGACAGCGGCAGAGGCGAAAGGAUCUUCGCCUACUACACCUCGACGACCACGACCCGCCUCACGACCUCCACGCUGACGGCGCUCUCCACCUGCCUCUCCACCAACGGCGGCGCCACAGCCUGCAGGAGGAGGAAGAAGAGGGCGGGCACCCUGGAGGCCAUCGACGACGAGGACAUCGCGUCCCUGGACCUCGAGGGGAGCGUGCGGUCGGCGGAGAGCCUGGAGAAGCUGUCGCAGCAGCAGCGGGACUUCCUCCGGAGGGACGACCGCAAGUUCACCAUCUGGACGACCGGCUUCACGACCCUCACUCUCACGACGACCUCCUACAUCGCCGGGACGACCGUCACCGCCACGGCCUACUGCAUCACUCCAGGGCUGACGGAGAGUUGCUUCGGGAAGUAGGGAGGAAGGGACGACCCGGGACGACCUAGUGGCAGGAACGACUCUUGUUUCGAAAGUCCAGCUUUCCUGCCGGUUCACAAGGUCAGAUUCGAUACACUGACAGGCCGUCUUAGUCUGACCCUAAUACAACGAAUACGACCUCUUCCUCACUUUUCUUUUCGUAUCAGACUUCCCGGACGACCAUAUGACUUGUCGUUUCCGCCGGUCACGGUGACGGGCUGAAGACGACCUCCUGGCACGACCCUGUCUUGAGGAGUCGUAGUUGAAGGACGACCCACAAGACGACCUUCCGUGGAGGGCCGUCCAGUCCAUCACGGCGCUGAGCGGUACGACCCACGGAUAUAUCUACGAUGCUCUGUCACUGCUCUGUUGUUGUUUGAUGUUGAUUAUUUAUACAUAUAUAUAUUUGGACUCUCCGCCGCCGCUUCAACGUAACUUAAUAAACUUAUUUAAGGAUUA